GGGGAAGGGAAAGGGAAAGCACCACCGGAAGCGAGGAAGAUGCUGUGUAAUCACUGAAAAAGUAAGGGAGGCACUCGCAUCCUAAAAAUGCCGGAUUACCUCGGUGCGGAUCAGCGGAAAACCAAAGAGGAUGAGAAGGACGACAAGCCCAUCCGAGCUCUGGAUGAGGGGGACAUCGCCUUGCUGAAAACUUACGGUCAGAGUACUUACUCCAGGCAGAUCAAGCAGGUUGAGGAUGACAUUCAACAACUUCUUAAGAAAAUUAAUGAGCUCACUGGUAUUAAAGAAUCUGACACUGGCCUGGCCCCACCAGCACUCUGGGACUUGGCUGCAGACAAGCAAACUCUCCAGAGUGAACAGCCUUUACAGGUUGCAAGGUGUACAAAGAUAAUUAAUGCUGAUUCAGAGGACCCAAAAUACAUUAUCAAUGUGAAGCAGUUUGCCAAGUUCGUGGUAGACCUCAGCGAUCAGGUGGCACCUACUGACAUUGAAGAAGGGAUGAGAGUUGGUGUGGACAGAAAUAAGUAUCAAAUCCACAUUCCACUGCCUCCUAAGAUUGACCCAACAGUUACCAUGAUGCAGGUAGAGGAAAAACCUGAUGUCACUUACAGUGAUGUUGGUGGUUGUAAGGAACAGAUUGAGAAAUUGAGAGAAGUGGUUGAAACGCCACUACUUCAUCCAGAGAGGUUUGUUAACCUUGGCAUUGAGCCUCCCAAGGGUGUGCUGCUGUUUGGUCCCCCAGGCACAGGCAAGACACUCUGUGCCAGGGCAGUUGCUAAUAGGACUGACGCUUGCUUCAUUCGAGUUAUUGGAUCCGAACUUGUACAGAAAUACGUUGGAGAGGGGGCUCGAAUGGUUCGUGAACUUUUUGAAAUGGCCAGAACAAAAAAAGCCUGCCUUAUCUUCUUUGAUGAAAUCGAUGCCAUUGGAGGGGCUCGGUUUGAUGAUGGUGCUGGAGGUGACAAUGAAGUACAGAGAACAAUGUUAGAACUGAUUAAUCAGCUGGAUGGUUUUGAUCCUCGAGGCAACAUUAAAGUGCUGAUGGCCACCAAUAGACCUGAUACUCUGGACCCAGCACUGAUGAGGCCAGGGAGAUUGGAUAGAAAGAUUGAAUUUAGCUUACCUGAUUUAGAGGGUCGGACUCACAUCUUUAAGAUUCAUGCUCGUUCAAUGAGUGUUGAAAGAGAUAUCAGAUUUGAAUUGUUAGCACGACUAUGUCCAAAUAGCACUGGUGCCGAGAUUAGAAGUGUCUGCACAGAAGCUGGUAUGUUUGCAAUCCGAGCACGGCGAAAAAUUGCUACUGAGAAGGAUUUCUUGGAAGCUGUAAAUAAGGUCAUUAAGUCUUAUGCCAAAUUCAGUGCUACUCCUCGCUACAUGACAUACAACUGAGCCUCAAAGGCUUUCAAAUGACAACUUCAGUUAGAAUCUUAAGACUUGUUAGUACCACCUCACAAAAAAAAAAUAAAUGGUUUAAAAAUUGUAUGCUUUUCCCCCCAGAUCUCUUUUUUUCCAUAGUGUAAGUUAUUGGUAUAUAGGCAGAAAAGCUUGUUACAAUGUAUGUUGACUUGUUUUGAUCCACCACCAUUUAAAGGCUUCACAUUAUUAUAUAAAGUGCUUGCUUAAACUAUAUAUAUUCUAGGGUUAUGGUGGCUGGUGGCUAUAUCAUUAUAUCCUCCCAUCUCCCCAGUGAAGAAGAUGAAAUGGAUCUUGAAUUAACAGAUGCAAAAACUUUUCCUUCCUAAUUUACUCAUUGGUAGGGCUGGGAUUCAAAUCUAAGUUUGUUAGCUCCUUUACCUAUGCACCUAUUUUGCUCUUCUGCCCUCCAUUAAAAUAGGUCAUCUACAUAUUGACCACAUGCAUUAUGAUAGUUUUCCUCCACCAUGUUGAAUAAUAAACUUUUGGCCAAACCUUUUUUAAAGUGAAAAAAAAUAAUUUGAUAAAUAUUUUGCUUUGCUGUUUGGCUGAUUUCAAAUUAUCCCAGAAUUGGUGAUUUUUUGUAUAUAUGACAGCGGAAUGCAUUACAAUUCUUAUUACACAUGUAGGGCACAAUUUUUCAUAUCUCUGGUUGUACACAAAGUAUAUUCACACCAAUUCGUAUCUUCAUACAUGUGCUUUGGAUAAUAAUGAUUGUCACAUUCCACCAUCAUUUAUAACUCCAUGCCCCUCCCCUCCAACCCCUCUACCCUAUCUAGAGAUCAUCUAUUCCUCCCAUGCUCCUUCUCCCUAUCCCACUAUGAAUCAGCCUCCUUAUAUAUAAAAAAAAAAAAUUGAGCAUUUGGUUUUUUGGGAUUGGCCAACUUAGCAUUAUCCUCUCUAAUUUCAUCUGUCAGUGGUGAUUUAAUAAACAGUGAAGUAGUAGCAGGUAAAAUAGAAAUAAAAAUGUACACAUAAUUAAUUUAGAAAAUCCAGAGUUGGUUUCAUUCAUCGAAGUGGUUAUUUUCAGUUUAUAAAUUUGUGCCUUAAAAUUUUGGUAAACUUCUAUAGUGAGGUAUAAAUAUAGGUUCCAUUAGAAUUCCCAGUAGAUCUCUUAGAAUUACUUCUUAUGCAACUACCACCAGAUCCCCUUUUCUACCACAGUUACCUGUAGUCCCCUAAGUACUGAGACCAAAGCACAAUAGUCAAUGUUUUUAUUGAAUUUCAGUAUUCAUAAAUAAAUUGAAAAUAGUGAGAGCUGGAUAAAUGUUUAAGUCACAAAAAAUGUUGACAGCAUAGAAACUGCUUGUUAUACUGAAAUAUUAAUGAAAGUUUUCAAAUAGAAAAGUUAAAGUCCUUCAUUUGUAAAAUCCAACUAAUAUUUUCUUGAUUUUUGAUCAGAAACAUUCUUUUUUCUAACCCUGUCCUAGUCUUUCUUGAGGUAUAAAAUAGAGCAAACCAUUUCCAGGUUUUGCUUACAAUAAAAUGUACUCAAGUAAA